CCUGAGCCUGCCCAGACUGUCUCCUGGCCCCCUUUGGCCUGCCCCAACCCCCUGCAAAUCCUUCAGGGCCAGAGGUGGUGCUGGGUUUGGAGAAACUGCGCCUCUGCGCGGUGCUCCCCGCCCGCCUCUGCUCCCGGCUGCGGCGGCGGCGGCGGCGGCGGCGGCGGCGGCGGCGGCGGCAGCGGCUGGCGAGACUCUCCGCGCCUCCCUCCUUCGCGGCCGCCUCCUCCCGCUCCUGCGCCCGCCGCCCUGAGGUCCCCGGGGCGCUCUGCACUUGGAAUCCGUGCGUGGAGCUGGAACCUUACAAACUGUCCAACACAUUUGACAGACUCAUCGAAUGAAGAGUGCCUAAGAGACUGACGGUCAGCAUUUCCUAAGAUGGAGAAGACAGAUGCCAAAGCCCAGUCCUCUCAGGGGGAUGAAGAGAAAGGCCCUCCCAAGAGCCUCCCCUACUCCGUGGAGACCCCAUAUGGCUUUCAUUUAGACCUGGACUUCCUCAAGUAUGUGGAUGACAUUGAGAAGGGAAACACCAUCAAGAGGAUUCCUAUCCACAGAAGGGCCAAGCAGGCCAAGUUCAGCACGUUGCCCCGAAACUUCAGCCUUCCUGACAGCGGGGCUCGCUUGCAGACUGCUCUUUCCCACCAAACCUGGUCCCCAGCGCUGGUCAGGAAGGUGUCGCUGGGGACCGAGGAGCGAACCCAGUCUUUGCCGCCUGGGGAGCACCCUCAAGCCUCCCAAGCGGGUGGCAGUGAGGGGAGCUACCACAGGAAGGCCCUGCUGGCCGAGGCUGCCAGGCAGCUGGAGGCCGCUGCUUCCCAGGACCCCGAGCUGCCCUCCGGGAGCGGACGGCCCCAGCUUUUGAGAGCAUCGAGCAUGCCGGCCACCCUGCUGCAGACCAGAGCCUCGGAGGACCCCAGCCUGAACGCAGGGCCCCCCACACCUCCUGCCCUCCCUCCACUUGCAGCCUUUGGCCCCGCGGAAGGAUUUGCGGGUGUUCACGACUCCACCCCAAGAGCUGCCAACCAACCCCCAGGCAGAGAGUUUGGAGACCUGGUGCCAGGGAUUCCGGAGCUGGUCCGGGAGAGGGCGGAGCCUCCUCGGGGUGCAGAAGAGGCCCCUCCGCAGCACCUGUCUCUCCCAAGGCCUCCCUUCUCACCCCAGAAUGCGCUUGUAGUUUCAGAGGAUGCAAAAGACAACCUUCCCCCCAGAGGAGCGGAGGUGGUGGUCAGCCCUGGCUGCCUGACGCCAAGCCCCCCACCUCUGCCAUCCCCCAUCCCGGAGACUGAGCUUCCCCUGGAAGAAAUCGAGCUCAACAUCAGCGAGAUCCCGCCCCCGCCUCCCGUGGAGGUGGACGUGAGAAGCGUUGGCAUCCGGGUCACGGAGGAGAGCCUGGGCCUUGCCCCCACGGAUCCUGGCAGCGUCUCUAGCCUGAGGCAGCAGCUCCUGGCCCUGGAGGGGGAGUUGUCAGGGAAAACAGAGGAGCUGGCCCAGGUCAGAGCUGCCCUCCAGCAACAGGAGGAGGAAAUCGAGGUCAAGAGGCAGAGGAUUCAAGAGCUGGAGUGCACGGUCGCUCAUCUGGCAGAAAAGCUGAGCCACGAGAACACCAAAGACACCCAGGGCCAAGCGGAUGCCAUGGUCAACACCGAGCCUCUCCAGGGACUCCUGACCAGGGAGUCGUGUGACAAGAGCAUUGGUGUGAACCUUCUGAGCAGCACGGAAUCGGAAAGUUGGGGGGCCCGAGGAGAGGAGGAUGACCUGUGUGGGCAGGACAGUCAUCAACAGGGGGAUCAGAGCCCAGCAGAAUUUAUGCCACCAUCCCAGCUGUCACUGCCUCAGGACCCUGAGAUGGUCCUCGCCUCUUCUUUACAUAGCUGCCUCUCCACUGAGCUCAGGAUCGAAGAACCAAGCUCUGAGCUGGAGGGAGACCCUCCGGUCGGGGGAGCAGGAGACUCUUCAUGGAGCAGAGACUCAAAGGCUCCCUCAGCCGGGAAGGAGGAGGCCAAGUCAGAGCUCCCGGGGAAGGAGGGCCCGGGCAGGCCACCCAGCUCACCCACAGAUGCCACUAUCGGGCAAUACGUUAAGAAGAUCCAGGAGCUCCUGCAGGAGCAGUGGAACUGCCUGGAGCACGGGUACCCAGAGCUGGCCAGCGCCAUCAAGCAGCCCGCCUCCAAGCUCAGCAGCAUCCAGCACCAGCUCCUGAGCUCUCUCAACCUGCUGCUGUCUGCCUACUCUUCCCAGGCUCCAGCCCAGGAGUCCCCGGACCCCUCCACUCCUCCGCCAAAGGAGCUCUCCCCGUCGACCAGCCUUAAAUCCAUAAUGAAAAAGAAAGACUAUGGCUUCCGUGCAGGAGGUAAUGGGACCAAAAAGAACCUUCAGUUUGUUGGGGUUAACGGUGGCUAUGAGACCACCUCCAGCGAAGAGACCAGCGGAGAGGACAGCUCCCCAGAAGACUUGUCUGAGAGCGAGGCUGAGAAGAAAUGUGAUGGCCCAGAACACGGAUGGGGCAAGGAUGCCCACCCAGGCUGCAAGGCAGGGCCAGCCAUCUCCGAGGGCACCUGCAACACAGGCCAGGGAAAAGGGCCUGGGGAAGAACCCCUCCUUCCCAAGGCUGAGAGAUAUAAACCCUCCGAAGAAUUUCUUAAUGCAUGCCAGGCAUUGAGCCAAUAUCUACCAGACACCGGGACCACCACUGACCAGCUCUUGAGGCAAAACUUGAACACCAUCAGUCAAGAGUGGUUUCGCGUCUCUAGCCGGAAGUCAUCGAGUCCUGCUGUGGUGGCUGCCUACCUCCAGUCUCACUCCCCACACUUCCUAAAGCUGCUUGUCAACUUGGCUGACGGAAACGGAAACACGGCCCUUCACUACAGUGUGUCCCACUCCAACUUCUCCAUCGUCAAGCUGCUGCUGGAGACAGGCGUCUGCAAUGUGGACCAUCAGAACAAAGCAGGCUAUACCGCCGUGAUGAUCACUCCCUUGGCUUCUGCGGAGACGGAUGAGGACAUGGCUGUCGUCUGGAAGCUCUUACGAGAAGGAAAUGUGAACAUCCAAGCUACCCAGGGAGGCCAGACUGCGCUGAUGCUGGGAGUCAGCCACGACAGGGAGGACAUGGUCCAAGCGCUACUGAGCUGCCAGGCAAAUGUCAACCUGCAGGACCACGAUGGAUCGUCGGCCCUCAUGCUGGCCUGUCACUGUGGCAACGCUGACAUGGUGCGGCUGCUCCUGGCACACCCGGCCUGUGACAGCAGCCUGACAGACAAGGCUGGCCGAACAGCUUUAUCCAUCGCGCUGAAGCCGCCCGCCCAUGUGGAAAUCGCUGAGCUUCUGCAGGCCCACGCAGAGCAAGGCAGGUCCCUGAAGCCCUAGGGGCUGUGGAGGGACUGGCAGCCGGGAACAAAAGGCUCCUUCUCUGGACUCCUCCCUCGCCCAGGGAGAGGGCACGGGUCACAGCCAGAGGGUCGCCCCUCAAGAGAAGAAGCUAUGUCAGAUAUGCACAUACAUUCCUGGGGUAUCAUUCUGCUCAUUAGGAUGCUUUGUAGUUUUGCCUUAGGUCAAGCCCCCAACGCAGGCUGCAGAGCAGGGUGAAGGAGCCGGGCCGGGCGGGCACAUUGGUGUCAUCUAGAGUCCCUAAAGGCCCAGCCCGGAAUUCGUCCUGACUCUACCCUUCAUAGCACCGCGUAGGGAGCUGGUGGGCAGGCGCACAUCAGAAACACAAUACUUUUUACGUGGAAUUUUAAAGUGCACCAUCUCUGUGUUUUUUAACCCAUCAUACAGGAAGGUGUCCCCUGGAAUGUUCAUGUCUAGGGAGGCCGGGGAGAUUUACAUGGUCAUCCCUGCAAUCGUUCUCUAGAUGACCGAGGAGAAUCACCUGGCAGACAGGGGAAACGGAGCAGACCCCGUGUGGGGCCUUGGCUCCGUUGGGGUAGACAGAGAAAGCUUCAAUUCAGGCCAGACAGAAAGAAGCACACUGGUGUCAGUGCCAGACAGACAGUCCUGGCCAUCUGUGGCUCCAGUUUGCUCCAAGGAUGUUGGGAUUAAUCAGGAAAUCCAGUCCAGUGAAGCACAUCAUGUGUAUUGACGCAGAGGCAGGUAUGCCAGCUCUCCUGAAAGAAACAAGUGAACCGACUGAGGAUCCUCCCGGGGUCGGAGACCACAUUUCCUCCAUUGUUAUGUCCAUGGCCGUGUGGGAAUCCCAGCUCCUUUCCCUCAUAGCUGUGUCCAUGGCGGUGUGGGAAUCCCAGCUCCUUCCCUUCAUCACUGUAUCUGUGGUUGUGUGUGAAUCCCAGCUCCUUUCUCUCAUACCCUUCAUGAGCAAAGCAGGAGCUCCAUGAAGCUCAGAGGUUUCCGAGGUCCCAGACUGCAGAGCCUUCCAGCCUGGGGUGUCAUCUGUCUCCACUGGACAGUUCUUUCUUACACUCCCAUAAUCCCAGGGCCCACAUGCUGUAGCUUGCCCAGGGUUAUCUACAAAUUGGUUUUUUUUCUUCAAGUCUUAGGCACAAAAUCACCUUACAUGAAAAAGAGACAGCAGAGUUCGGUGAGCCUCCCAUUGGAAACACAAACGCCUCUUUGCUUGCUGCCCUUUGUGUGAGUCACCAAACCUCCUUGGGCUCCAGUUUCAUUGAUUUUAAAAACAAAAAUUAUACAACCUACCUCCUGGGGGUGUUGUGCAAGGCACAGCGGAUGGAAGUUUGGGAAUCCAGUUUUAAUCCACAGAGACUGACUACAGAAGUUUUCCACUGGGAUUCACAAGAGAGGCUCAAAGUCCCCAAGCAGGACACUGGCAUAUGGCGGUGUUGCUCAGAGGUAGAGAGAAUGGAGCAAACAAUAAGCUAAAAAUGCUUUAACUGGGUUGAUUUUGACCCCAAAAGCAUAUUUCAAGAGCAAACCCCCACAUUAAUCAAUCUACUCCAGUGCUUCUCAAACUCUGACAUGUGUGCAGAUCACCCGGAGAUCUUGUUAGAAUGUAGGAGGUCUGGGAGGGGAAGGAGCUGAGAAUCUGCAUUUCUAGCCACUUCCCAGGGGGAAACCAGUGCUGCUGGGCCACACCACACUUGGAGUAGCAGGGCUCUGGCUUUUGACUGUUUCUAUAUUAAAAUGCUGCCCCUCAA